CGGAUGCGUGUUUUGGUGUCUGUUUGUUUUUUUUUUUUAGUAGAUAUGUGCAUAUUAAAUAUUUAAUUACAAUUUAUUUUAAAAUAUACAAAUUAUACAUACAUAUUAUUUAUAUUAUUGUGUCUUAAGAAUUUGUUUUUUAAGUAAAAUAAAUGUAAAAUAUAUGUGGGUGCGUACUUACAUGCAUUCCUACAUAGUAUGUAAACCUUUGUGAAGUAAUUUCAAUAUUUUUUCAAAAGCUGUAAAUAAUUAAAUACCGAAAAAUUUUGUAGUUACAUAAAUAUAAACAUACCUACACACGUAUGUUCUAAUUAGUGAAAUGAAAAAUAAUUUUUGAGAAAAAUCGAUUAAUAAUUUUAAUCACAUUUCUUUUUAAAGAGCUUGGUAUAAAGUGUGUUCUAUGAUUUUAUUUUAAUUGUUGGGGAAAAUCCAACUGAAGUAAAUUUUAGAACGAAAAUAAUAAAAAGAAAAAUUAAAGAAAUUCCAAAUGAAUUUGUUUUUUAUUGCAAUAUAUUUAAGUACCUAAUAAGUAAUUUAGAAUUUUUAUUAUUUAUAAAACAAAAAAAUUGUCAAUUGUAAUAAUAAAAUUACAAUAAGUGUGAAAUCAAAACCUUGUACGUAUAGCUGCAAAUUAAAGAAAAAAAAUUCUAUAACUAUACGUUGUUCAUAUGAUUGAAUCUCCAACUUGAAAUCAAUAUUAAUUUAAUGAAAAUAAUUUCUCCCCUGUAAAGGCGUCUAUCAUCUUUUCAUAUCUUUGAAGUCAUAUUCCAUUAAAAAUUUGAAAAAGACAAUACAAAUAUGGAUGUCAUUAGGACGAAAAUGAGCUUUUUAAGCAUCAUAAUUUUAUUAUUAUUAAUUAGGUUUAAAUAUACCAGAUGUGAAGUUUUUACGGCGUUAGCAGAAAUGGAGGAACUAUUAGAGACUGAAUCUGCAUUAAUAACAAAUUUAGAAAGUUAUAUAGAUGUUCAACAGCGAAAAAUAGAUUAUCUUAAAAUAAAAAUGCAGGAAUACCAAAGAGAACAUUCAGACGCAUCUAGAGAUAUACAAGCAUAUUUAUCGAAUCCAAUUAACGCAUAUCUUUUGACCAAACGUUUAACAUUAGAUUGGAAACAAGUAGAAAAUUUAAUGUCAUACGAUGUUGGCGCUUCAUUUUUAGAAAAUAUAACAAACUACCGUCAUAUAUUAAAAUUUCCAUCUGAUGAAGAUUUAACGGGUGCUGCAGUAGCGUUAAUGAGAUUACAAGACACAUAUAAUUUAGAAACGGCGAGUAUAGCAAGAGGUGAAUUGAAUGGUAUUCAAUAUAGUACUGAAAUGUCAUCCGGUGACUGUUUUGAAUUGGGAAGACAAUCAUACGUUAAUGGUGAUUUUUAUCAUACAAUAUUAUGGAUGAAUGAAGCUAUGUCAAGGCUAAAUGUUGAACCAAAGAAAAAUGAAUCAGGUGGUGAAUUUACAAAGGCUGAUAUUUUAGAAUAUUUGGCAUUUUCUACAUAUAAACAAGGAAAUGUCGUUGGGGCCUUAAAAAUGACUAACGAAUUACUUGAUAUUAUACCUGAUCAUGAGCGCGCCAAUGGUAAUAAACAAUAUUAUGAAAAAGAAUUGGCACAACUAAAACAAAGUGACAAAACCAAAAACUAUGUAAAAGGUGAUGAUGGAUCGGAUGACACGCCAGUUGCUGAUUUACCAGUUAUAACAGUAUCGAAAGUAGAUCCAUAUAAAUAUGGAUAUUCAGAAAGAAAAUUGUAUGAAAUGAUGUGCCGUGGUGAUUUAGAACCAUUACCAGAACAACAAAGACCAUUGCGUUGCAGAUACGUUAGUCAUGACGUACCAUUUUUAAAAUUAGCUCCAUUAAAAUGGGAAGAAGCUAGUUUGAAUCCGUUAAUUGUUAUGUAUCAUGAUGUCAUGUAUGAUAACGAAAUUGAAUUAGUAAAAAAAAUGGCAAAACCACGUUUCAAAAGAGCUACUGUACAAAAUUCUGUAACUGGCGAAUUGGAAACUGCAAAUUAUAGAAUAAGCAAAUCGGCAUGGAUUAAAACUGAAGAAAGUAAAAUUAUUGAGACUAUAGUACAGAGAGUAGAAGAUAUGACUGGUUUGAAUAUGGAAACAGCUGAAGAAUUACAAGUGGUUAAUUAUGGAAUUGGAGGACACUAUGAACCACAUUAUGAUUUUGCAAGGAAAGAUGAGAAAAAUGCUUUCAAAGAUUUGGGAACAGGAAAUCGAAUCGCCACGGUUUUAUUUUAUAUGAGCGAUGUUAAACAAGGUGGUGCUACUGUAUUUCCAAAUAUUAGAACGGCAGUAUGGCCGAAGAAAGGAUCUGCAGCAUUUUGGUUUAAUUUAUUUGCUUCUGGUGAAGGCGAUUAUCGAACACGGCAUGCUGCUUGUCCAGUUUUAGCGGGUACUAAAUGGGUUUCUAAUAAAUGGAUACAUGAAAGGGGACAAGAAUUCAGAAGACCAUGUACAUUAGAACCAGAUCACACUGAUGAAUUUGUUGUUUAACAAUGAUGUACAUAUAUAGAAACUCGGACUAUAUAAUUAAAAAAAUUUCUACUUAACUUUUAAAUUCUCGGACAAAUGUUAUUUUUAUUAUUAUUUUUUUUUGGUAUAAAAAUAAUAGUUCCAAAUUUAAUUAUAUUUUCUAAGGAAUUUUCGAAUCAAAAUUAUAUCUUUCAUAUUCUAAACUUUAAAACACUUUAACUUUCAUUUAAAAUUUUGUUUUUGUUUUAAGCUUUAAAAUUAAUUUUGAAUUCCUGUUUAGUCAUAAGAAAUUUUUGUUUAUGUAUGAAAGUUUUAUAUGCGAAUGUGUAAGUAGUGAUUUUUAAAAUUUCAAAUAAUAAUAAAGUUAAAAAAAUGAUUUUUGAAAAUAAUUAAUACAUAGAAUAAUAGAAAAUAUUAUAGUAAUUUAAUAAAUUUUAUAUAAUAAAGAAAAUUAUAAUAAAAUGCA